AUGAACACCCUUUGGAAAAAGAGGUUACCCGGCUCGUUCAUCAUGGCAGCCUGCAGAGCAGCUGGGAGGACGGCGGUCAGCAGGGCUCCAUCCCUUCGGGGGCUCCAUGUAGGCCAGCGCGCCUCGCUCACCAAGGCCUUCUCCACCCGCGACCUGGAGCUGUUCGCCCAGCUGACGGGCGACACCAACCCACUGCACCUGGACCCGACCUAUGCCAGAACCACUGCCUUCGAGAGGCCAAUCGUGCACGGCGUGCUCAUCAAUGGGCUGAUCUCGGCCGUGCUGGGCACUAAGAUGCCAGGCCGCGGCUGCGUCUUCCUCUAUCAGGAGAUCCGCUUCCCAGCACCGCUCUAUGUCGGGGAGGAGGUCCUUGCCGAGGCAGAGGUCCGCAAGAUGAAGAUGUCAUUUAGCUUUAUAGCCGUGAGCUGCUCGGUCCGAGACAAGGUGGUGAUGGAGGGAGAGGUGAUGGUGAUGAUGCCAGAGGAGCAGCAGGGAGGAUGAGAAGGAGAGGGGGACUGGGAGCUGUGCUUCCAGGAGCUUCUCUUGCUCUUGUGGAAGAUGGUGUUGUGAUGUCGUACUGUACGUUAAGGAUGGUGUUUUUUAUUAGUUUGAAUUGAAUUCUACCCUCCUGGAUUUAAAAGAGCUGUCAGAUAAAUGAGUUUGUGUGGUCCUGCAACUGACUGAUGUCGAGUUCUUGUCUUAUUUAUUUGAAGCAGAAGGUCUGCUUGCCAGUCAUGUUUUAUACAGAGUUGAAGUAAGACCUGAAAUGUGACUUUCUCUGUAUGAAAACCACAACGAAUUCUGCAACGUAUUAAUCUUGGCUUUACUUCUGAUUUGAUCAUUGAGGUGCUUUAAUAAAGUUUUCAUGUCCACCGUUAAAUUGGACAUUA